AGCCCUCCGGGCCGUGAAGGACCGAGCCGUGCAGAGCCGGGCCCACAUCCCGCACGCCCGCGGCUGCCCCCUGCGGUGCCCGCGCGGUGACGGCAGGCAGCAUGGCCCCCGGGCCGCGGCUCGGCGCCCUGUUCACGGCGCUCCUCGCCGGCCUGGCAGGGGCUGCCCCGGGGCCCGGCGGCAGGAGGGGCUCGGCGGAAGGCUCUUGCGGAGGGCGGCUCAUCUGGCAUUAUUUUAAGGAAAACUUUGUGAGAAGAGCAUAUGGCGAGAAAACGCUACCAUGCAGUGGCCAUGGCCUGUCACCAGCCACCAAGAUGAAUGUGCUACUCAAUAUCACCUUUAAAUAUGACAACUGCACUCUUUAUCUGAAUUCAUUGGGAAAACAUGUGAUCGGAGAUGUGCAGAAUAUAACAAUUAGUCAGUAUGCAUGUUACGAACAGGUUGCAGUAACAAUACUUUGGACAGCAAAUGCCAUUGGGAUUGAAUACCUGAAAGGAUUUCGAGUCACCCUCGAGGAGUUAAAAUCUGAAGGAAGACAAUGUCAGCAGAUGGUUUUAAAAGAUCCGAAGCAGCUCAGCCCAAGUUUUAAACGAACAGGAGUGGAAUCUCAUCCCUUCCUAAAUCUGAAGUUUGAAACAGAUUACUUUGUAAAGAUUGUUCCUUUUCCUUCCAUUAAAAAUGAAAGUAAUUAUCACCCAUUUUUCUUCCGGACUCGACCAUGUGAGUUGUUGCUACAGCCAGAAAACCUUGUCUGCAAACCUUACUGGAAGCCAAGAAAUCUGAGUAUUACCCAGCAGGGUUUUAACGUGCAAGUGUCUUUUGAUCAUGCUCCUCACAACUUUGGGUUUAGAUACUACUUUCUUCACUACAAACUUAAGCAUGAAGGACCAUUUAAGCAGAAGACCUGCAAACAGGAGCAAAACACAGAUACUACCAGUUGUAUUCUUCAGAACGUAACUCCAGGGGACUAUAUAAUUGAGCUGGUUGAUGACACUAACACAACAAGGAAAACAAUGCACUAUGCACUAAAACCAGUACAUUCUCCGUGGGCUGGACCAAUAAGAGCUAUUGCCAUUACAGUCCCUUUAGUUGUCAUUUCAGCAUUUGCAACACUUUUCACAGUGAUGUGCCGCAAGAAGCAGCAAGAAAAUAUAUAUUCCCAUCUAGAUGAGGAGAGUUCAGAAUCUUCAGCAUAUGCUGCAGGUCUCCCUGUGGAAAGACUUCAUCCCCGGCCAAAAGUGUUCAUCUGCUAUUCCAGUAAAGAUUGCCAGAAACACAUUAAUGUCAUCCAGUGCUUUGCUUAUUUUCUUCAGGACUUUUGUGGCUGUGAGGUGGCUCUAGAUUUAUGGGAAGAUCUAAAAAUUUGUAAAGAAGGUCAGAAAGAGUGGCUUAUAAAGAAAAUAAAUGAGUCUCAGUUUAUCAUCAUUGUGUGUUCCAAGGGAAUGAAAUACUUUGUUGAAAAAAAGAACUGGAAACACAGAGGUGUAACCAAAGACACAGGACAAGGAGAACUCUUUCUGUUUGCUGUGUUGACUGUUGCAGAGAAGCUUCGUCAGGCAAAGCAGAAUUCAAAUGACCUCUGCAAAUUCAUUGCAGUCUAUUUUGAUUACUCCUGUGAAGGAGACAUCCCUGGUAUUCUGGAUCUGAGUACAAAAUAUAAACUCAUGGACAAUCUCCCUCUGCUUUAUUCACAUUUACAUUCCAGAGACAUUAGUGUUCAGGAUGCAAAGGUGUUUCCUGUUAGUGUUAGUGAAAGGAAUUAUUUCAGGAGCAAAUCUGGUAGGUCCCUUUAUGUUGCCAUUUGCAAUAUGCAUCAGUUCAUUGAUCAGGAGCCGGAUUGGUUUGAGAAACAAUUUAUUCCCUUCCUUCCACCUCCUUUACAUUACUCGGAGCCUGUCAUGGAAAAAUUUGACUCAGGCUUGGUUUUAAAUGACUUAAUGAAUAAACAGGUGACGGAUGAUGAUUUUUACCUCAAAACAGAUGUAAAUAUUAUUUCAGCUGGAAAUUCAGACUCUCAUUGUAUAAUUCAGCACUUAAACCUUGGAGAAGAUAUAGAAACUCGGGACAUUCAGGGUGGUGGCAGCUCUGUUCUUCAGCCAUUGUUACAUACUGUUAAAACUUCAAAUCUGAAAAAUGUGCCUCGAGAUUCUGGAAUCUAUGAUUCAUCUGUUCCUUCAUCUGAACUAUCUUUACCCUUAAUGGAAGGACUACUGACAGACCAAACUGAAACAUCUUCUAUUACAGGAAGUGUUUCUUCUUCAUCAGGAUUAGGGGAAGAAGAACCUCCUGUAAUCACUUCUGCAAAGUUCUUAGUGCCUGGAAUAUGUAAAGCAGAACUUCAUUGCCAUAUCCAUACUGAUGAACUGCAGGCAGUUGCCCCUUUGUAAUACAUCACAACAUUGCUAUGCAUUGCCACUUUAUCAACAGCUUCUGUUUGUGCUUUAACCAUCACACUGUUCUAGCACUAAAUCUACUUGAAGGAACAAAUACUCCCUGAAGAUGACCAGCUAUUUGUAAGGGAUUUUUACAGCCAGUAAACUUGAACCUGUUGGGCUUAAUAUUAAGUUUUUAAUGAUUUGAAAAAUGCAGCAGGAAAAAAACACUUCAGAAUUAUUCCUAUUACUAAUUUUCAUUUCAUGAUAUUACACUGUUUACAGAUGUCAUUAUCAAGUGACUUUUUUUUUUCUUAACAUAAUUUUACAGCUGGACAUAAAAUGGUUUGGAACAUUAAGUCUUAGUAAAUCCUUGUGGUCCAGCAUCCCCCCUCUAUCUUUAAGUGUUGACAUUUGAUGGCAGGAGUGUUGUAGUAAAGAGAGCAGGAUUUUUUUGGAAGGAAGAUGAAAAAACAAAGGUGAGUUCAAGAAAUUCUUCAUCAGGAGAAAUCCUUUUCUCUUAAAAAUAUUUAAACACCUAUCCUCAUAGUCUUUUCUCUCUUUCCCAAAUGUUAAUGUGUCUCAGUACUAAUUUUCAGAUGAACAUGUCUCUCUGUUCUGUAUGAUUCUCUUGUGUUUUCUCCAUGAUCUGGAUAUGGUGACGCACAAAUAGUACCAUUUUGAGUCUGAAGUAUCAUUUUUGUAACAGAUAGAAAUAAAAAUUCUGCAUAUGCUGAGUGAUAUCAUGGAAACUAUGUUUCUUGUUUUCUUCCUGGAAGGGCUAAUAUAAAGAAUACUUUGAAGAGAUGAGGGAAGAAAGAUCAAAUUUUGUAUUUAAGACCUCAUUCUUUCUCUGUCCAACCAAAAUCACCAGGGGUAAGAAAAACUUAAAGACAAGCAGUUAGCAGACAUGAAUAAUUGGCUUUGUGUUGAGCCAACCACUAAACAGAAGCCUGAGUUAUUUUGAAGUUUACAGUACUUAUCGUUUUUUAGUAAUUAAGAUAGUAUAAUAUUACUAGUAUUACAUUUUGUUAUAAUACUAUAUUAUAACAAAAGGCAAAAAAUAGAACUGGUCCUGUUUAUCUAAAGACAUGGUGUGUGCAAGUCCUUUCUUCUGCAGUGACCAUGUAGGUAUACUGUUAUCCAGAGUAUCCUUGCUAUUUCUAAAGAGAAACUUUUCAUCUUCUCAUUAGUAAAACACAUCUUUGUAACUUAACUGCAAGGCUUCUAGGCACCAGAAUGGUAACAGCAAAUAGUAAAGGACAUCUCCUCAGUGUGCCUGUGCUAAUUUUGCUCAUGAAAGUCAGAGUCUGUCUUGUUUCAUUUGUCUUCAUCUUCUAUAACAGGGUUAUUUUAGGAAUACAUCAAGGGAGAACUCAAACACCUCAAGUAUUUUCUCCAUUUUGAUAUAUGAGAAUUAGACCUCAUGAACUGUUACAUUCUUUUACUUCUUGUAGUAGCAUGAGAUAGAACUACUAAAAAAGUUAUUUUGGCUGAGUAGCUUUGAAGCUCUAGUUUUGUUUGUUUUGCCAUCAGUUUAUAUUUGUUUGAAGAUUCAAUCAGAAAACUCUUGAAAUUGCUAUCACAGAUGUAGUAAGAAAGGUGCUAUAAUGGAUAAAAUGUAACAAUUAUUUGAACCUAACAUUGAAUUAUACCAUGAUGACUUAACAUCACAGUGUGUCAGAUUUGUAGGGUCUUGUCCAUUAAUCCUACUGUACCUUUUUUUCUGAAUUUGAAAGAGCACUAACUGGAAAACUUCAACCUUACACCUAAGUUAGGUGGUUUCAAAUACAUAAUCAUCUGCACCUUCAGUUAUGUUUUUGUAUACUGUGCCUUGGGCUGUACUGAAAGCAAAAUAUUUAAUGUUUUCCCAUUAUUUGAAGUUAAAAAAUACCUAGGUCGACCUAGGCAGAAUAAUGUAGAGGUAAAUGCUCCUUCACUAAAUCCAUUUGUGAAAGAUCUUGAUUCAGUGCAAUUUUUGUGGUUUUACCAGAUAAAGUGUUUGGAUUGAUGAAAUAAAUGCAGAAGGGUUACAGAUGAUGUGUGCUGAAGAGGUGCUGUGCAUAGAAGUGCCAAAGCUGCAAUACAUAAGGAGGAGCCAAUUUCUCAGCAACUGAAUAGUGAGGGUAAUGCUGCUGUCCCCUGUGGAAAGUCUUAGCUUAACGUACUGUUAUUUUAUGCUAGGCUAAAGAUUGGGAAGAUUCUGUGGUUCUUUUAAAUUCAGUGUUGAUGGAAUUAUUUUUUCAUUUCACUUUUGAAAAUGGACAAAAGCAACUGCACAAAGGAUCGGUUGUUACUAAUGUUUUUCCUUAAGUUUCUUCAAAAUUUGCUGUACAAUCCUGCAAAUCUUAAUUGUUUUGUAAUUAUAAAUGGUCUAUGCAGAGGCCAAUCAAAUUAUUGUAGGUGGGGAAAAAAAUAAUUCCUUUUUAGAGUAAGGUAGAAACAGCAUAUUAUAUGACCUUGGAAGAAAGAGAAUAUACUUAACUGAAAAUUUAUGGUAGAACAAGCUCAUGCUUAAAAUAAAAUAAAAUAUAUAUAUAUACACACACAGAAUUGAAAAAAGCAAUACUUGAUCAGAUUUAGCAAUAUUUUUUUACAAAGACACAGUAUUUUAUAAAAUCAGAAAAAUAUUAUGUAUGUUGACAUACUAGAAGGACAUAGUAUUGAAUUUGCAAGAAUUCUGUAUUUUCCCUCCAAUGCGAAUAAUAGCAAAAAUCCUUGUAAACAUUAUUUUUAAACAAAUAUGUUAAUACACAUAUUAGAGGUUAGCUUAAUACUAUUUUCAAGCAUUAGUAAACAAUAUUAAUGGUGAAAGAAUCCCCUUAAUUACUACUAGACCUGAAUGUGUGAACAUUGGAUGUUUUAAAAUGUCUUUUUUGGGAGGGUGGAAAAAACAUUGGCAAGCUAAAGGUUCAAGAUAUAACUAUGUUCAAUACUUUGAUAAAUAGUUACUGUCAUAAUUUGUCCCUGUACAUAAACACAACAACUGUUGAAAAUAGAAUGUAGUUGAUAUUUGGAGAAAUAAAAUGUUAUGAUACUAUAAUUUAGGAGGUAAAUAUCAGAAUAAAACAUUUUUUGUUCAUUUUCUUUCAUUUGGCUUUUCUUAGUAAUACAGGAAAACUUAGCUUGACUUAGCAGUUGUUUUAUCCAAUUAUGCACACCAUGCAAACAAACAUACUCUAACCACUAUUCACAAUCCACGUCUAGAAGUGAAACAGAUAUUUUGAUGGGUGUUUAAUAUAGUCUGUAAGAACUGUAAGACUUUACAAUUGUAAGAGUGUUUAAUAUAGUCAAUCAACUGUAAGAAGCAGUAAUUGUCUAAAAGUUCUGUAUUGGAUAGACUGGGCCUGAUUUUUUUUAAUAAAACUUCCUGAAUAUGGA